UUCUUCUCUCUCUUCUUUAUGCCCACCGUCACUUCCUACUGCCCAAUUCCUCUGUCCCUUCUUCAUUUUCUCUCCAAAAGAAAAUAAAUAAAAAAAAAAAAUUUUUUGCUUUCUCUGAUACCCUUUUGGUUUCUCCUUCAAUUUUGCAUCAAGACUCAGCAUGGUGUCACUGGGAGCUACAUAUAGUGUGGUCUAUGCGUUUCUGCUUGGUGUCACUUUGGUUUUGGGUGGGGAUAUAGUUCACCAUGAUGAUGUAGCCCCCAGAAGGCCUGGUUGUGAGAACAACUUUGUUUUGGUAAAAGUCCCCACUUGGAUUGAUGGUGUGGAAAACAAUGAGUAUGUUGGUGUGGGUGCAAGAUUUGGCCCUACAUUGGAAUCAAAAGAAAAACGUGCCAAUCUUACAAGAGUUGUCAUGGCUGAUCCUCCUGAUUGUUGUACAAAGCCUAAGAAUAAGCUCACCAGCGAGAUCAUUUUGGUGCACCGAGGAAAAUGUAGUUUCACAACCAAGGCAAAUAUAGCUGAUGAAGCUGGCGCUUCAGCCAUCCUCAUUAUAAAUUACCGUACAGAACUUUUCAAGAUGGUUUGUGAAGAAAAUGAAACUGAUGUUGAUAUUGGAAUACCUGCUGUCAUGCUUCCGCAAGAUGCUGGAUUGAACUUGGAAAGGCAUAUAAAAAAUAACUCCAAUGUCUCCAUACAGUUAUACUCUCCACUGCGUCCAUUGGUUGACGUUGCAGAAGUGUUUUUGUGGCUCAUGGCUGUUGGUACCAUUAUAAGUGCUUCUUAUUGGUCUGCCUGGAGUGCCAGAGAAGCGGCUAUUGAGCAAGAGAAGCUUCUAAAGGAUGCUUCAGAUGAUUAUGCUAAUACAGAAAAUGUUGGUUCCAGUGGUUAUGUGGAAAUCAGUACUGCAGCAGCAGUUUUAUUUGUCGUGAUUGCUUCUUGUUUCUUGGUUAUGCUGUAUAAAUUAAUGUCAUUUUGGUUUGUUGAAGUUCUGGUGGUUCUGUUUUGCGUUGGUGGGGUAGAGGGACUGCAAACUUGUUUGGUGGCUCUGUUAUCAUGUUUCAGAUGGUUUCAACCAUCAGCACAAACAUUUGUGAAGAUACCCUUCUUUGGAGCUGUCUCAUAUCUGACACUUGCUGUUACUCCAUUCUGCGUAGUGUUUGCCGUGGUUUGGGCAGUUUAUCGCCGUGCAUCAUGGGCUUGGAUUGGUCAGGAUAUCCUUGGUAUCACAUUGAUAAUUACAGUUCUUCAGAUUGUUCGCAUACCAAAUCUCAAGGUUGGAACUGUCCUUCUCAGUUGUGCCUUCCUAUAUGACAUCUUCUGGGUGUUUGUCUCUAAAUGGUGGUUCCAUGAGAGUGUGAUGAUAGUGGUUGCUCGAGGUGAUAAGAGUGGAGAAGAUGGUAUCCCCAUGCUUCUCAAGAUACCACGUCUGUUUGACCCUUGGGGUGGUUACAGUAUCAUCGGAUUUGGGGACAUAAUCUUACCAGGACUUAUAGUAGCAUUUUCGCUAAGGUAUGAUUGGUUGGCAAAGAAGAACCUUCGGGCUGGAUACUUCUUGUGGGCAAUGACUGCUUAUGGUUUAGGUCUCCUCAUCACAUAUGUGGCUUUGAACUUGAUGGAUGGGCAUGGUCAGCCGGCUUUGCUUUAUAUAGUCCCAUUUACACUUGGCACCUUUUUGUCAUUGGGAAAAAAGAGAGGGGAGCUCAAGAUUUUAUGGACAAGAGGGGAACCAGAAAGGCCUUGCCCUCAUAUCCAAGAGGAUGACCAAUCAAUUAACAGCCACCAUUGAUCAACAGCAGACUUGUAUCCUCCUAGGUAUUAGUUUAUGGGAGUGAUAGGAUCUCUUACGACAUUAUGUAACAUUUGUAACUUUGUUGUAGCAAAGUUUCAGCCAAAUGGUAUGGUAGCAUGGACUUAAAUCAGCAGCCAAAACUUGAGAGAUAUCACUCAAUUGUUCUGAUAUUGAAGGGGACCCACCAAUUUGUGUAUUAUAACCUUAUUUUUUGAGAUAGCAGAUGAAGAAUCCAUUUCCUGGUUGAUGAUGACUUUGCAUCCAUGAGAGUCUGAUCAAAACCAUGUCGUUCCCAAACAAAUGUCAAGAAGCAAAGAUACAUACAUAGGAAACUCCAAACAAAGAAGGAAGGACUGUGAAAGGCUGUUAACACUGAGAAGCUGCUGUUAAUGUAGUCAUAACUUUGUGUUGUAUGAUUAUUAUUAUUAACUAUGUUUAUUGUUGUUGUAUGAAAUUUGAACUUGAAGUUAGCUAAAUUUUAUUCUCUCUGAGAAUUCUCAUUUUA